AUGGACGUGGACGUGGACUUGGACCUAGACGUGGACACGGACGUGGACCUUGACGUGGACGUGGAUAUGGACGUGGACGUGGACAUGGACGUGGACGUGGACAUGGACGUGGACAUGGACGUGGACGUGGACGUGGUCGUGGACAUGGACGUGGACGUGGACUUGGACGUGGACGUGGACGUGGACAUGGACGUGGACGUGGACGUGGACGUGGACCUGGACGUGGACGUGGACGUGUACGUGGACGUGGACGUGGACAUGGACAUGGACGUGGACGUGGACGUGGACGUGGACCUGGACGUGGACCUGGACGUGGACGUGGACGUGGACGUGGACGUGGACGUGGACAUGGACGUGGACAUGGACGUGGACAUGGACAUGGAUGUGGACGUGGACGUGGACGUGGAGGACUUGGACGUGGACAUGGGCGUGGACGUGGACGUGGACGUGGACAUGGACGUGGACAUGGACGUGGACGUGGACGUGGACGUGGACGUGGACGUGGACAUGGACGUGGACGUGGACGUGGACAUGGACGUGGACGUGGUCAUGGACGUGGACGUGGUCGUGGACAUGGACGUGGACGUGGACGUGGACUUGGACGUGGACGUGGACGUGGACAUGGACAUGGACAUGGACGUGGUUGUGGACGUGGACGUGGACCUGGACGUGGACAUGGACGUGUACGUGGACGUGGACGUGGAUAUGGACAUGGACAUGGACGUGGACGUGGACAUGGAUCUGGACGUGGACGUGGACGUGGACCUGGACGUGGACCUGGACGUGGACGUGGACGUGGACGUGGACGUGGACCUGGACGUGGACGUGGACGUGUACGUGGACGUGGACGUGGACAUGGACAUGGACGUGGACGUGGACGUGGACGUGGACAUGGACGUGGACGUGGACGUGGAUCUGGACGUGGACCUGGACGUGGACGUGGACGUGGACGUGGACAUGGACAUGGACGUGGACAUGGACGUGGACGUGGACGUGGAGGACUUGGACGUGGACAUGGGCGUGGACGUGGACGUGGACGUGGACAUGGACGUGGACAUGGACGUGGACGUGGACGUGGACGUGGACGUGGACAUGGACGUGGACGUGGACGUGGACAUGGACGUGGACGUGGACGUGGACGUGGACAUAGAUGUGGACGUGGACUUGGACGUGGACGUGGUCGUGGACAUGGACGUGGACGUGGACGUGGACUUGGACCUUGACGUGGACACGGACGUGGACCUUGACGUGGACGUGGAUAUGGACGUGGAUGUGGACAUGGACGUGGACGUGGACAUGGACGUGGACAUGGACGUGGACGUGGACGUGGACGUGGACGUGGUCGUGGACAUGGACGUGGACGUGGACUUGGACGUGGACGUGGACGUGGACAUGGACAUGGACGUGGACGUGGACGUGGACGUGGACCUGGACGUGGACGUGGACGUGUACGUGGACGUGGACGUGGACAUGGACAUGGACGUGGACGUGGACGUGGACGUGGACCUGGACGUGGACCUGGACGUGGACGUGGACGUGGACGUGGACGUGGACGUGGACGUGGACAUGGACGUGGACAUGGACGUGGACAUGGACAUGGAUGUGGACGUGGACGUGGACGUGGAGGACUUGGACGUGGACAUGGGCGUGGACGUGGACGUGGACGUGGACAUGGACGUGGACAUGGACGUGGACGUGGACGUGGACGUGGACGUGGACAUGGACGUGGACGUGGACGUGGACAUGGACGUGGACGUGGUCAUGGACGUGGACGUGGUCGUGGACAUGGACGUGGACGUGGACGUGGACUUGGACGUGGACGUGGACGUGGACAUGGACAUGGACAUGGACGUGGUUGUGGACGUGGACGUGGACCUGGACGUGGACAUGGAAGUGUACGUGGACGUGGACGUGGAUAUGGACAUGGACAUGGACGUGGACGUGGACAUGGACCUGGACGUGGACGUGGACGUGGACCUGGACGUGGACCUGGACCUGGACGUGGACGUGGACGUGGACGUGGACCUGGACGUGGACGUGGACGUGUACGUGGACGUGGACGUGGACAUGGACAUGGACGUGGACGUGGACGUGGACGUGGACAUGGACGUGGACGUGGACGUGGAUCUGGACGUGGACCUGGACGUGGACGUGGACGUGGACGUGGACAUGGACAUGGACGUGGACAUGGACGUGGACGUGGACGUGGAGGACUUGGACGUGGACAUGGGCGUGGACGUGGACGUGGACGUGGACAUGGACGUGGACAUGGACGUGGACGUGGACGUGGACGUGGACGUGGACAUGGACGUGGACGUGGACGUGGACAUGGACGUGGACGUGGACAUGGACGUGGACGUGGUCGUGGACAUGGACGUGGACGUGGACGUGGACUUGGACGUGGACGUGGACGUGGACAUGGACAUGGACGUGGACGUGGUUGUGGACGUGGACGUGGAACUGGACGUGGACGUGGACGUGUACGUGGACGUGGACGUGGAUAUGGACAUGGACGUGGACGUGGACGUGGACGUGGACCUGGACGUGGACAUGGACCUGGACGUGGACGUGGACGUGGACGUGGACGUGGACGUGGACGUGGACGUGGACAUGGACAUGGACGUGGACGUGGACGUGGAUAUGGACGUGGACGUGGACGUGGACGUGGACAUGGACGUGGACGUGGACGUGGACGUGGACGAAGACGUGGUCGAGGACGUGGACGUGGACAUGGACGUGGACGUGGACGUGGACGAAGACGUGGACGAAGACGUGGUCGAGGCCGUGGACGUGGAGGACUUGGAGGUGGACGUGGAUGUGGACGUGGACGUGGACAUGGACGUGGACGUGGACAUGGACGUGGACGUGGACGUGGACAUGGUCGUGGACGUGGACGUGGACGUGGACGUGGACAUGGUCGUGGACGUGGACAUGGACGUGGACGUGGACGUGGACGUGGACAUGGUCGUGGACGGUCUGGACGUGGACGUGGAAGUGGACAUGGACGUGGACGUGGACGUGGACAUGGACGUGGACGUGGACGUGGACGUGGUCGUGGACGUGGACAUGGACGUGGACGUGGACGUGGACAUGGACGUGGACGUGGACGUGGACGUGGACAUGGACGUGGACAUGGACGUGGACGUGGACGUGGACAUGGACGUGUACAUGGACGUGGACGUGGACGUGGACGUGGACGUGGAGGACUUGGACGUAGACAUGGGCGUGGACGUGGUCGAGGACGUGGACGUGGACGUGGACGUGGACAUGGACGUGGACAUGGACGUGGUCGUGGACGUGGACGUGGACAUGGUCAUAGACGUGGACAUGGACGUUGACAUGGACAUGGACGUGGACGUGGACGUGGACGUGGAGGACUUGGACAUGGACAUGGGCGUGGACGUGGACGUGGACGUGGACAUGGACGUGGAUAUGGACGUGGACGUGGACGUGGACAUUGACGUGGACGUGGUCGUGGACAUGGACGUGGACGUGGACGUGGACUUGGACGUGGACGUGGACGUGGACAUGGACAUGGACGUGGACGUGGUUGUGGACGUGGACGUGGACCUGGACGUGGACGUGGACGUGUACGUGGACGUGGACGUGGAUAUGGACAUGGACGUGGACGUGGACGUGGACGUGGACGUGGACGUGGACCUGGACGUGGACGUGGACAUGGACGUGGACGUGGACCUGGAUGUGGACGUGGACGUGGACGUGGACGUGGACAUGGACAUGGACGUGGAUAUGGACUUGGACAUGGACGUGGACGUGGACGUGGACGUGGAGGACUUGGACGUGGACAUGGACGUGGACGUGGACGUGGACAUGGACGUGGACGAAGACAUGGUCGUGGACGUGGACGUGGUCAUGGACGUGGACGUGUACGUGUACGUGGACGUGGACGUGGACAUGGACGUGGACGUGGACGUGGACAUGGACGUGGACGUGGACGUGGACGUGGACGUGGACGUGGACAUGGACGUGGACGUGGACGUGGACAUGGACGUGGACGUGGACGUGGACAUGGACGUGGACGUGGACGUGGACAUUGACGUGGACAUGGUCGUGGACGUGGACGUGGACGUGGACGUGGACGUGGAUAUGGACGUGGACGUGGACGUGGACGUGGACAUGGACCUGGACGACUUGGACGUGGACAUGGACCUGGACGUGGACGUGGACAUGGACGUGGACGAAGACAUGGUCGUGGACGUGGACGUGGACGUGGUCGUGGACGUGGACGUGUACGUGUACGUGGACGUGGACGUGGACGUGGACAUGGACGUGGACGUGGACGUGGACGUGGACAUGGACAUGGACGUGGACGUGGACGUGGACAUGAACGUGGACGUGGACGUGGACGUGGACGUGGACGUGGACGUGCACAUGGACGUGGACAUGGACGUGGACGUGGACAUGGUCGUGGACGUGGACGUCGACGUGGACGUGGACGUGGAUAUGGACGUGGACGUGGACGUGGACGUGGACAUGGACGUGGACGUGGACGUGGACGUGGACGUGGACGAAGACGUGGUCGAGGACGUGGACGUGGACAUGGACGUGGACGUGGACGUGGACGAAGACGUGGACGAAGACGUGGUCGAGGCCGUGGACGUGGAGGACUUGGAGGUGGACGUGGAUGUGGACGUGGACGUGGACAUGGACGUGGACGUGGACAUGGACGUGGACGUGCACGUGGACAUGGUCGUGGACGUGGACGUGGACGUGGACGUGGACAUGGUCGUGGACGUGGACAUGGACGUGGACGUGGACGUGGACGUGGACAUGGUCGUGGACGGUCUGGACGUGGACGUGGAAGUGGACAUGGACGUGGACGUGGACGUGGACAUGGACGUGGACGUGGACGUGGACGUGGACGUGGUCGUGGACGUGGACAUGGACGUGGACAUGGACGUGGACAUGGACGUGGACGUGGACGUGGACGUGGACAUGGACAUGGACAUGGACGUGGACGAGGACGUGGACAUGGACGUGUACAUGGACGUGGACGUGGACGUGGACGUGGACGUGGAGGACUUGGACGUAGACAUGGACGUGGACGUGGUCGAGGACGUGGACGUGGACGUGGACGUGGACGUGGACAUGGACGUGGUCGUGGACGUGGACGUGGAGGACUUGGACGUGGACAUGGGCGUGGACGUGGACGUGGACGUGGACAUGGACGUGGAUAUGGACGAGUACGUGGACGUCGACAUGGACGUGGACGUGGAGGUGGACAUGGACGUGGACGUGGACAUGGACGUGGACGUGGUCGUGGACAUGGACGUGGACGUGGACGUGGACUUGGACGUGGACGUGGACGUGGACAUGGACAUGGACGUGGUUGUGGACGUGGACGUGGACCUGGAGGUGGACGUGGACGUGUACAUGGACGUGGACGUGGAUAUGGACAUGGACGUGGACGUGGACGUGGACGUGGACGUGGACCUGGACGUGGACGUGGACAUGGACGUGGACGUGGACCUGGAUGUGGACGUGGACGUGGACGUGGACGUGGACAUGGACAUGGACGUGGACAUGGACUUGGACAUGGACGUGGACGUGGACGUGGACGUGGACGUGGAGGACUUGGACGUGGACAUGGACGUGGACGUGGACGUGGACAUGGACGUGGACGAAGACAUGGUUGUGGACGUGGACGUGGUCGUGGACGUGGACGUGUACGUGUACGUGGACGUGGACGUGGACAUGGACGUGGACGUGGACGUGGACAUGGACGUUGACGUGGACGUGGAUGUGGACGUGGACAUGGACGUGGACGUGGACGUGGACAUGGACGUGGACGUGGACGUGGACAUGGACGUGGACGUGGACGUGGACGUGGACAUGGUCGUGGACGUGGACGUGGACGUGGACGUGGACAUGGACCUGGACCUGGACGUGGACGUGGACGUGGACGUGGACGUGGACAUGGACAUGGACGUGGACAUGGACUUGGACAUGGACGUGGACGUGGACGUGGACGUGGAGGACUUGGACGUGGACAUGGACGUGGACGUGGACGUGGACAUGGACGUGGACGAAGACAUGGUCGUGGACGUGGACGUGGACGUGGACGUGGUCGUGGACGUGGACGUGUACGUGUACGUGGACGUGGACGUGGACGUGGACAUGGACGUGGACAUGGACGUGGACGUGGACAUGGACGUGGACGUGGACGUGGACGUGGACGUGGACGUGGACGUGGACGUGGACAUGGUCGUGGACGUGGACGUGGACGUGGACGUGGACGUGGACGUGGACGUGGAUAUGGACGUGGACGUGGACGUGGACGUGGACAUGGACGUGGACGUGGACGUGGACGUGGACGAAGACGUGGUCGAGGACGUGGACGUGGACAUGGACGUGGACGUGGACGUGGACGAAGACGUGGACGAAGACGUGGUCGAGGACGUGGACGUGGAGGACUUGGAGGUGGACGUGGGUGUGGACGUGGACGUGGACAUGGACGUGGACCUGAACAUGGACGUGGACGUGGACGUGGACAUGGUCGUGGACGUGGACGUGGACGUGGACGUGGACAUGGUCGUGGACGUGGACAUGGACGUGGACGUGGUCGUGGAUGUGGACGUGGACGUGGACGUGGACGGACGUGGACGUGGACAUGGUCGUGGACGGUCGUGA